UAGACAGCACCACUGUGUUUACCCUCACCACCCCUCACCCAGAACAGUGCCUGAACAGGAGUUCACACUGAUGUAUUCUAUUGCCCGUAUGUCACCAUCUCCCAACCCUCUCUAUUGUUUCAACAAAAAAAGCUCUCCUCUUGCCAGUGACUCCUGUUUAUAGCUUUUUUAAUGCUCAUCUGAUGAUUGAUGUAAUUUCUGUUUCUGUGGGUAAAUGCGACAUAAGCGUAAUGUUGAUGUGUUGGUUUUUAAUCCACGUUUUUCAUUUCCGUUGAUAUACAGUGGGGCAAAAAAAGUAUUUAGUCAGCCACCAAUUGUGCAAGUUCUCCCACUUAAGAUGAGAGGCCUGUAAUUUUCAUCAUAGGUACACUUCAAUUAUGACAGGCAAAAUGAGAAGAAAAAAUAUCCAGAUAAUCACAUUGUAGGAUUUUUAAUGAAUUUAUUUGCAAAUUAUGGUGGAAAAUAAGUAUUUGGUCAAUAACAAAAGUUUCUCUCAAUAAUUUGUUAUAUAUCCUUUGUUGGAAAUGACAGAGGUCAAACGUUUUCUGUAAGUCUUCACAAGGUUUUCAUACAAUGUUGCUGGUAUUUUGGCCCAUUCCUCCAUGCAGAUCUCCUCUAGAGCAGUGAUGUUUUGGGGCUGUUGCUGGGCAACACGGACUUUCAACUCCCUCCAAAGAUUUUCUAUGGGGUUGAGAUCUGGAGACUGGCUAGGCCACUCCAGGACCUUGAAAUGCUUCUUACGAAGCCACUCCUUCGUUGCCCGGGCAGUGAUUUUGGGAUCAUUGUCAUGCUGAAAGACUCAGCCACGUUUCAUCUUCAAUGCCCUUGCUGAUGGAAGGAGGUUUUCACUCAAAAUCUCACGAUACAUGGCCCCAUUCAUUCUUUCCUUUACACGGAUCAGUCAUCCUGGUCCCUUUGCAGAAAAACAGCCCCAAAGCAUGAUGUUCCACCCCCAUGCUUCACAGUAGGUAUGGUGUUCUUUGGAUGCAACUCAGCAUUCUUUGUCCUCCAAACACGACGAGUUGAGUUUUUACACUACGCCGUCCCUGGCGGCAUAGUGUGUUACUAAUGGUAGGCUUUGUUACUUUGGUCCCUGCUCUCUGCAGGUCAUUCACUAGGUCCCCCCGUGUGGUUCUGGGAUUUUUGCUCACCGUUCUUGUGAUCAUUUUGACCCCAUGGGGUGAGAUCGUGCGUGGAGCCCCAGAUCGAGGGAGAUUAUCAGUGGUCUUGUAUGUCUUCCAUUUCCUAAUAAUUGCUCCCACAGUUGAUUUCUUCAAACCAAGCUGCUUACCUAUUGCAGAUUCAGUCUUCCCAGCCUGGUGCUGGUCUACAAUUUUGUUUCUGGUGUCCUUUGACAGCUCUUUGGUCUUGGCCAUAGUGUAGUUUGGAGUGUGACUGAGGUUGUGGACAGGUGUCUUUUAUACUGAUAACAAGUUCAAACAGGUGCCAUUAAUACAGCUAACGAGUGGAGGACAGAGGAGCCUCUUAAAGAAGAAGUUACAGGUCUGUGAGAGCCAGAAAUCUUGCUUGUGUGUAGGUGACCAAAUACUUAUUUUCCACCAUAAUUAAAAAAUAAAUUCAUUAAAAAUCCUACAAUGUGAUUUUCUGGAUUUUUUUUCUCAUUUUGUCUGUCAUAGUUGAAGUGAAGCUAUGAUGAAAAUUACAGGCCUCUCUCAUAUGUUUAAGUGGGAGGACUUGCACAAUUGGUGGCUGACUAAAUACUUUUUUGCCCCACUGUGUAUAUAUAUAUAUUUUUUUUUUACAAUGUUUGUUAAUAUGGUGAAGCGGUUUGACAUGUAUAGCUAAAGUUGAACCGGCAUUAAGAAAGAAAGUGAAAUCUUAAAUGUUUAUGCUGCCAUCGCUUUGGUUGCUAUUAGUAUCGGCGUGCUGGCAGGAGGAAAAAAAGCUGUCCUGUAAACGUCCACACCAAGCUUUUCGUCAGGUCAACAGAUCCAAAGCUUAAUUAAUUGCGGUCAUUAUUGUUAAUAUUGUAAAUAUUUUAAGUUGGACAGACUAUUUAUUCAUUGAGCGUUUUUGUGAAGCACAUUGAGUGACAAUCAUGUUUUUUUGGGGACUUUUUUUGCAUAAUGUUGACCAGAUGUAUUGUAAGCCUUGUAUUUAUCUUGUAUGGAAGAAAAAAAACUACUCAAACUUACAAAUACAUACAUAUCUAUUGAUAUGUGUUUUUUGUGUGUUGUGCAGAUUUUAUUCUCAUCCAUUUUUAGCUAGCAGUGGCUAAAGUUUGAAGUGGCUGUUUAAAGAAAUCUGAGCCAUGGAUUAUUGUUCUCCUGGCUCAUAGACUACAUUCAGAAAUAUGAUCCAUGGAUUACAGUUUCUCCUGGCUCAGACUACUUUCAGAAAUAUGAUCCAUGGAUUACAGUUUCUCCUGGCUCAUAGACUUUCAGAAAUAUGAUCCAUGGAUUACAGUUUCUCCUGGCUCAUAGACUACUUUCAGAAAUAUGAUCCAUGGAUUACAGUUUCUCCUGGCUCAUAGACUUUCAGAAAUAUGAUCCAUGGAUUACAGUUUCUCCUGGCUCAUAGACUACUUUCAGAAAUAUGAUCCAUGGAUUACAGUUUCUCCUGGCUCAUAGACUUUCAGAAAUAUGAUCCAUGGAUUACAGUUUCUCCUGGCUCAGACUACUUUCAGAAAUAUGAUCCAUGGAUUACAGUUUCUCCUGGCUCAUAGACUACUUUCAGAAAUAUGAUCCAUGGAUUACAGUUUCUCCUGGCUCAUAGGCUACUUUCAGAAAUAUGAUCCAUGGAUUACAGUUUCUCCUGGCUCAUAGACUACUUUCAGAAAUAUGAUCCAUGGAUUACAGUUUAUCCUGGCUCAUAGACUACUUUCAGAAAUAUGAUCCAUGGAUUACAGUUUCUCCUGGCUCAUAGACUACUUUCAGAAAUAUGAUCCAUGGAUUAUAGUUCUCCUGGCUCAUAGACUACUUUCAGAAAUAUGAUCCAUGGAUUACAGUUUCUCCUGGCUCAUAGACUACUUUCAGAAAUAUGAUCCAUGGAUUACAGUUUCUCCUGGCUCAUAGACUACUUUCAGAAAUAUGAUCCAUGGAUUACAGUUUCUCCUGGCUCAUAGACUACUUUCAGAAAUAUGAUCCGUGGAUUACAGUUUCUCCUGGCUCAUAGACUACUUUCAGAAAUAUGAUCUAUAUCCUUUGAUCCAUAUCGGAAGACCAUAUCCUUUGUACAUUGGCAGAAAUAUAUUGAGGCAAGAAACUACGAGACCCAGCAUGCAACAGCAUGUGAUCUCACCAAAUAUUUCCUCAUUUAACCCCACUCUGCCUCAUUGGGAUAAUUAUGGGAGAUUGUCAGUAGUCAGUUCUCUCCUCGCUGGUGGCGUUCUACAGUUUCAAUGUGACGUUUUAUUCUGUAACAGUGAAUGGAAUCAUUGCUAUAAUAUGAAGUUAAAUGUACUGCAAGUAUAUAAGGCACCGCAAGAUGGCAGCAGAGACCAGAACCUUUAUAAACCCAUUGUCAAUGAACCCAUGCAAGGUGAGAUUUAUGCGCCCAUGUCUCGUCUGCUGCUGACUUUCUGUUUGGAACUGCUUUGUUUCGAAUUGCAAAUUCAUGUCAAUAAUAAAUAUGAUACCUAUAUAUUUCUAAAAAGGCCAAUAUGAUGUGUACCCACAGAAGGAUCUGCACACGUUCUCAGUUAAACCUCAAGAUUUAGUUGUGACACUCAUAACACAUCAUGCGCGAGUUACCUUUCUUGACAUUUCUACAUGACAUAAAUUGCUGUCAGAGUGCCAUCAUAACGGAAUUGAUAGUAGAUUCUCCAGUCGUUGUAAUCUUUGAGAGCCAAUGAAUUUCGUGCUUCUAAAAACGGUGAAUAAACCGUAUCCAACCGCAGCUCAAGAAGAGGACAGAGACCCUCCUUUCUGCGUAAGCGCAACCAACCAACAGUGGGCAUUCAUUAAUAUUUCUUUGGGAGUGAGGUAUUGUAUACAGAUGCGUGACUACUUUUCGCGAAAUAGUUUUUUAUUUAAACGAGCUAAUUGCAGGUGCAAUUGUGGUCCUUGUUGUUUUUAACAUAGCAUUUGAGAUCUGUUCCAGUUUUUGAUCAUUUUGAUGUAGUGUCGCUGCUAAAAGAUGCCGCAGCCGAAAUCCCGAAAAAUCGCCGUCCUGGGCUACAGAUCCGUCGGUAAAUCCUCCUUGACAAUACAGUUUGUGGAAGGCCAGUUUGUCGACUCAUAUGACCCAACCAUUGAAAACACGUUUACAAAGAUGAUCACAGUGAAUGGUCAGGAGUACCACCUGCAGUUGGUGGACACAGCUGGACAGGAUGAAUACUCCAUUUUCCCACAGACCUACUCCAUAGAUAUCAACGGAUACAUUUUGGUGUAUUCUGUCACGUCAAAUAAAAGUUUUGAAGUAAUAAAAGUUAUCCACGAAAAAUUAUUGGAUAUGGUGGGUAAAGUACAAGUACCCAUCAUGUUGGUGGGGAACAAGAAAGAUCUUCACAUGGAACGUGUAAUCAGUUGUGAAGAAGGCAAAGCACUGGCUGACUCGUGGAACGCAGCAUUCAUGGAGUCCUCUGCAAAAGAGAACCAGACGGCGGUGGAGGUGUUCAAGAGGACCAUCCUGGAAGCGGAGAAAAUGGAGGGGGGAGCCCCCCAGGGCAGGACGUCCUGCUCCCUGAUGUAACCAUCCGCCUCGGGCCCUCGCAACCCGUACCCAACCACAGCACUGGACACUGGGAAAUCCCUCUACUUGAAGUGGCUAACAGCCUGUUCUCCCUCGAGAAGCGUCUUCUUUUUUUCCCUUUUAUUUGUGUUUUUUGGGGGGAAGGACAGAGGAAGACUUUGACAUUAAGAGUAAUUAUCCAUCCCAGCUUAGAGUACACUCGUAUCACCCCCCCUCCCCCCCUUCUGUCUUCCCCUUCUUCUGAGAAACUAAACAUGGUGAAAUAUCGAGCCUUACUUCUCAUUUAAAGCCUGUAAUCUCAUUGCUACCUGAGCCCCCCCCCUGCCUUCCUCUUGAAAAGUUUGUAUAACAACGUAUUUCAUAAAGUUAUUAUUAUGGCCACUACAGUUGGCCAGCAUUCAUUCACUAGUGUAGUGAAUGUUGAUUCCCUUUUUUUUGUAAUCAUUAAAUCUGCAUAUUGUUUCACUACA